AUGUAUGUCAGUGUCAAAGUUUUCAUUGCCGUGAUGGCAUUAUGGACCCCCGUUUCAACAUCAAAAGCUACACUUCGUAGGCAACUUCUUCAGAAUUAUACAAAGGAGCUUCCACCAAAUGAUACGAAAACUGUUGUAAACUUGCAUUUCAGUGCUUUUAACAUAAUAGAUUUUGAUGACAAGGACGGUAAAUUUUCCGUAAGUGGAUAUCUUGAAGUGUCCUGGGAAGAUGCUAGAAUUGCAGAGAAUUGGGCCUCUUCAUUGGUAUUGCAAAAUGAAAAUGUUUCAAUGUACUUUAAAGAAUCAGAAGUCUGGACUCCAGAAAUUCGUCAGAUGAAUCCAUUCAGUAGAUUUGAUUAUGAAAAAAUGGUCGAGGAAACAGUAAUGUUUCAAAGAAACGGAUCGGCAUUGAUGAUAAAAAUGGAUGUUUUUACCACGGAAUGCAAAACAGACUUUUUUUAUUUUCCAUUUGACUCACAAAAAUGCUCAAUAGAUAUUGCGGUUUGGGGAUAUUUUAUGGAAGAAAUUGUCUUAAAAGCUCGCAAAAACAAUGUCGGCAAGGAACUUUACGAGGAAAACAACGUUUGGAAUAUGACAGGGACCAACAUAAGUAUUGACAGUAUUCCAGAUCUUGGGACUAAUGAGGUCUUCAAAGUUUCAAAGGCUACGAUCGAAUUUAAGAUAAAACGUUACUCAUCAUAUUAUGUGUAUUUUCUGAUUGUUCCAUUUAUUCUGAUGCAGUUUCUUCAAGCAUUUGUAUUUUGGAUGCCUUGGGAUUGUGGUGAAAGAGUCAGUUUUUCUGUAACAGUUCUUCUUGCUAUGGCUGUUUAUCUCACGAUCGUCACUGAGCACAUUCCAAAAUCAUCGUCAUCUCGCCUCUCAUUUUUGGGGAUCAAGAUGGUUAUGGAUCUUUGCAUAUCGGCUUAUAUCCAACUUUUUGUAAUUGUCAAUAACGUGAUCUACAGUAGGAGUCGUCAUUCAGAGCAGAAUGCUAGUAAAGAUUCUGAGAACUCUAAAGUCACUAGUAUCAGUCCUAAUAUAGAUUUAAAUCGUGAAGAGAACAUUGACUGGAUAGCUCGCGGAAUGAAAAUGGAUAAUUCAUGCUUUACUCUUUCACUUAUAUUCACAUCAUUUUCUAUGUUUUUUCCUAUGGUUAUAUUUAUUUUGUCAUAA